UGUCGUCAGGGAAAGGUGUUCCGUCUGGAGGCUAUGCUAGAGGGAGUGUUAGAACUCAUUAUAUAAGCUUCCAUAUAGUAGUCGCAACAGCUGUACCCUAGUAGGAACGUCUGUUGCAUUACCUCCUGUUUUCAAACGGUUUGACCUGAGCCAUAAAUUCACAGCACCGUGGCGCUACACCUGUCGUGUGCUGUGUGACAACAACAUACUGCUUGUCUAGCCUUGGCUGUAGUGUAAAUUGGAGAUUUGAAUGACUUCUAUGGCGGACACGACUAUGGCGGAGACACCGACCCGUCUGUUCCAGGAAACUACAACAAACAACGCACAGCCUGAGGUGGACAGGGCGCAAGUCACCGUCAAAACAGAGAAAAAUUUUGCAUCUGUAGAUACUGGUGAAACAGUGCUGAUCAUCCCAUGUAAGAUCUGUAAUGACAAGGCGUCAGGCUUCCACUAUGGUGUCCACUCAUGUGAGGGGUGUAAGGGCUUCUUCCGCCGCACGAUACGUAAGAACCUGACGUACAAGCCGUGUGACGGCUCGUGUACCGUCCACAGACGCAGCCGGAAUAAGUGCCAGUACUGCCGCUUCCAGAAGUGCCUUAACGCUGGGAUGUCACACGACUCUGUCCGUUUUGGGAGAAUGCCGAAGGUUGAGCGGGAGAAGAUAAUCCAGGAACUGCAGAGUAAGAAGGACAGCGUGUUUGACGAGGCGGAACACGAGAUCCAGCUGAAGGUGAUGAUUGACAGCAUUGUCAGGGUGUACGAGGAGACCUGCAUCACCCACGCCAAGAUGGAGGUCAUACGCAAGAAGAUCAAAGAGAACACCAUGGAUCACAAGUUGUACGACAAGCCCUUCCCCCCAGGAGAGGGCAUACUGGACGCCCUGUUCCCCAAGUCUGGAGUGGUUCUGUCUGACGUACAACGCAUCUUAGACGCUCUACAGAAGGAGACAGUCCGGGGCAUCGAGGCAAUGGCCAAGUUCGCUAAAGGGAUACCUGGCUUCUUAGAGUUGGACUUAAAUGACCAGGUUACACUGCUAAAAUAUAGUAGCUACGAAGUGUGUCUGGUCAUAGCGUCCCGGUUGCUUUACGAUUUGAAAUUCUAUAUCGGGUACUCCGGCGUGGUCGUUACGUUGGAAGCGAUGCGGUCGCUGAGCUUGUGGCCGAUCAUGGAGCCCAAGUACCAGUUCUGGAAGGCCAUCAACGUGUUGUCAUUGACGGAGACGGAAAUGGCCCUGUUCUGUAGCAUCAUCAUCAUGUCAUCAGAUCGGACCAAUCUGGUGAACCGGCAGCAGAUCGAGGAGAUUCAGGAGAGAAUGACGGAGGGUCUGGAGUUCCAGCUGAAGCGGAACCACCCGUCCAGCCCCCGCCACCUGGCGCGACUUCUCGUCAAACUGGCGGACCUCCGUCAGCUCGCCACCGAGCACAUAGACAUGCUGAAACGGUUUGACGUGGGGAAGAACCCCAGCCGGCCCAUACCGCCACUUCUACGCGAGGUGUUCGGGAUCCACGAAGUGCAUUAGGACUGUACAGAAGUACAGAAGACGGACUACAUGUGAUUUUGAAAUUGUUUAUGAAAAGAUAUUGGAAUUUUCUUUUACACAACCAGUACCUUCUGAAAAUAAUAUCAUCAGGUUAGUAGAACAUAGGAUAGUGGCGUUUUCUCUCACACAACUAGUCAUUUCUCUCACCAUGCUUACUAUUCAAUGCCGAACAAACAUGUUCCUCAGAGCUUCUGACAGGAGUUCUGCUUCUUGAUGCUAUGUGUAGCCGAUGUAGGUGGCACUUUUGCAGCGGGUCAUUUGCUCUGAGCUCUUAGGAAAAUGUCCAAUAGACAAAGAAACAUAAGCAAGGUGAGAGACAUUACUAGUUGUGUAAAAGGAAACUACAAUAUCCUACGUUCUACCAACCCGAUGAAAUUAUUUUUGGAAGGUACAUGAAAUGGUAUAAAUUUGCACAUUGUUGCUGUAAAGGUUGACAAUCUCCUUAAAAGUUGUGGGGUCGGAAGAGACUUUCGAACAAACGCUUUUUCUCUAAGAAAGAUACUAUGUGGGAAUGCAGAACAAUACACCAUAAGUACUCUACAAUUUUCAAACAAAGCUAAGUACCUCUUUAGACAUUUUGCAAAUUAUAAUGUUGUUGAUACAUAUGUCUGGUAAACAAGGUAUACAAUACUGGAAUGAGUUGUAUUAUCUAAGUUUUAAAAACAUGCAGAAUUUUUGUGAAAAUAUGUUGAAUGGAAUGUUAAAAAAUGCCCUAAUUUGACAGGAAAAAGUCUGUCAAGCCCACCAGGGCUUGUUCUGGGUACAAGAACAACAGAAAUGCUGAGAUCUUGGUUCAUAUCAACAUAUCUUAAUUGCCAGUAUCUUAUAUUUUAGGUAUUUUUGUUUUAGAGUAACUAUGUAGUUGAUUUUGCCUUCAAAUCGCAAAGGGAUUUCUAUCUUGAAAUGCGAUUUUCUCCUGUAUUUGCAAUAUGUGCUGCGAGCCGUCCUGUGCUUUAGACAUUCUCCUUGCUUUUGUGUUUGCUUAUUUGUGCUUCUGGUUCUACAGGAGUGAAGAGUACCCAGUGUUUUCAGGUGGGAAGAAACCAAUUUUAAGCUACAUACUGGUAUUCAACCGUAUAUGUAUGCAGGGCUCAAAAUGCCACAUGCAUUUGCAGGUUGGUGCAGGUAAAAUUGGAGCUGUGCAGGUAUUUCUGAUGUCUACCUGCACCAGUAUGGAUGUACUGGGUUCAUGCAUAUAAUAUUAUGCGUAAUAAUAUGUGAACUUUAUGUGAAAUUAGUAUUGACUGGUACCAACCACAUUUUGACUGAAGUAUGAAAGAAAUAAUGGCAAUGAUUUCUGAACAGUUUUUUUAAUGGGAUCCAUACUUCCUAAAUUCUGAGUGGUGCAGGUAAAAUUUGCAUGCGGAGAAAAAACGUAUUUCAAGACCUGAUUUGGUAUGUUUUUGGCAACAAUACCCCUCAGACAAGACUUUGUAAACCAGUGCUUGACAAUCCAGCCCUGAAGAUUGUCAGAAUUCUUGAGCUUUGCUUGAUCUGUGCUGCACUUUUUCCUGUAACAGUUAUUAUUAUUAGGUACAUAAUGUUUAACGUUUAUAUUUAAUAUGUGUAGUUGUGCCAGUGGUGCUGGGUUUGUUAACUGACCAAUCAGAAUCAAGCACACAAUGACGGAUUUUGCCAAAAUAUGAUACAGUGUCAGUGAUUGGUCAAUUCCCUUUAUAAAUGUGUUUCCAUCAAUUUAAGGAGCCUAUACCUUUGAUACAAGGUAAAAGUAUCUACAUAGUAUAUACAUGUAUAUGUACAUGUACAGCUACAUUAUUUUGCUUCAAUGUUAAUGAUGAGAUUUUCAAGAACUCAAGAAUUGUAAAAGUUUACUUACAUUGUAAACAACAAUAUGAAUGAAAUUAAUGAUAGAAUAUUUUAUCUAAAGAAAAAAUCAAGGAUGAAAUGUAUUUUCAAUGUGUGAAAUUGUAACAAAUCCAUAAACUUGAUAAAGCCUUCCCUAUGCAAAAUGAAUAUUUUGUGAGAAUGUUUAGUUGCUCUAUAAUGAGAGAGAACCCCCAAAUAUAGAGCUAGCAAGUUUGUCAUGUUUUGUAAAUAAUCAUAUCUUUGCUACCAUUUUCUUGAAAAGAAACGUUUAAAUCGACACAUGCCAAAUCUUGAAUAGGAUUUUAAAACAUAGUAUUUUCCAUUUAGUCUCAAUCUUCCAAAAAAUAAGAUAAAUCAAAUGUACCUUCCAAUCAAGUCAACUCACUAUAGAAAAUGUAAUUUCUAUCCAGACUUUGAGAUACACAAAAUGAAAUUCAUACAAUAUGGCUUUGUGACAUGUGCAUAAGAGAUUUAUAAUGUUUUCCAUUGAAGUAUGCCAAAUUCCAGGCAGUACAGCGCAUUUCUAGAACAGAUAGUUUUGAAGGAGAUCGUUAUAAAACAUUUCAUUUGAUAGUUAAAAUUGACAAACCUUAAAUUCACCUUUUUAAUACUUCCCAUAAUCCUUCGCUACAAACCUUUUAACACCCUGUGGCAAAGGAUUG